AUGCCCUGCCCUGACUCGGUCACCACCCCCUCGUCGCGCCGUGAGGAGGGCGAGCGGGACCCCAAGCGCCCGCGAGGCGAGGCUUCGCCGGCGCCGCCCUCUCCUUCUUCCUCGUCGUCUCUGCAGAUUCGCAUGGAAGCGCGCUUCAUGCAAGGCAGACGGCCGAAACAGGAGGAUCGCCACGUGCUCAUUUCAGACAUCAGCACGCUCGUCGAGGGACAGGAAAAAGCAGACGUCGAGGCCCUGGGGUGUACGCCAAAGGCCCUCGUGGCGUUGUUUGACGGGCACUGCGGGGCGACGUGCUCGGAGUUCUGUGCCGCGCAGCUGCCGUCCCGCUUGGUCUCCUAUCUGGUGAAGCCUCUGCCCAAGUCGAAGCGGAUGCAGCUCGCGAAUCCUCCAGCCGCCCGCGACGCCGCCACCGCGUCCAGCGGUGCCGCGCCCUCCUCGCCCGCGGCGCUGCCUUCGCGAGCCUCAGAGACUUCCUGCCUGCUCACCAAGCUGCCUUCUGCGCUCUCGGCGUCUGCCGUGUGUCCCUUCGCGCUGCCAUCUGCGGCUCUGGAUGGUCUCUUCCCCUCUCUGGGGCCACGGCUCGUAUCGGCCUUCAAACACGUCGACCGCGAGUUCCUCGCCAAGUACCGGACGCUCAAAGUCGGCGGCUGCACUGCCGUCGCCUGCCUGAUGUUGGGCGACUUCGCCGUCGUCGCCUCCGUGGGAGACUCGCGCGCAGUUGCAGGUUUGCUGAAGCGGAAGAGGCGAGAGGCGCUUCGCGUGAGCCGCGACCACAAGCCCAAUCUCCCGGAGGAGCGCGAGCGCAUUGAGGCGAACGGCGGACAGGUCAUCGAGGUCGGCGGCGUUGCGCGUGUGGCGCCCAGAGGCUUCCAGGAGAGAGCCAAGCAAAUCAAGAUGGAGCAGUGCCUCCACGGCGGCACAUCGAAACCUCCCCCUGUGCUCAUGGCAGUCUCGCGCGGCUUCGGAGACAAAGAGCUGAAGGAGGAGAAUCUGAUCACCGCGACGCCCGACGUUUUCGGGCUGCACGUCACUGAAGACGUCCGCCUUCUCCUCAUCGCGUGUGAUGGAGUCUGGGAUGUCAUGACAGAUCAGGAAGCGGUCGAGGUCGCAGGGACGCAUCUGGACGAUCCCCGAGAGGCCGCCAGUCAGGUCGUCAAACGCGCCUUCGAGCGCGGCAGCCAGGACAAUUUAACGGUCGUCGCCGUCGUUUUCAGUCACGAAGAACGGGACUAG